AUGAUUUCAGAAUAACUUAAAUCAGGACCAUCAACUAAAUAAUUUAAUAGUGAUGAUACUCUCAGAAUUGGUGAGUGCACUGUUCAUAAAAGAUAACUAGAAGCUUUUUGCACUUCUUGUCAUGUGUAUAUUAAUUUAAUUAUACUAGUCUUAUUUGUCCAACUUGUUUAAUGUUUGGAGAUCACAAAGGUCAUUUAGUAGAUUAAAUGGAUAAAGCUACCAAAGAUAUUAGAUCAUCUAUGGAUCAAGCUGCUAAAGAUGGUAAUCCAAUUUUUAUUAUAUCAAACUUAGGAAUCUUGAGAUUAGAAAAAACAGAAACUGUUCUUGUAGAUAUUAGACAUACUAAAUUAACAUUUGAAGAAUCAAAAUAAAAGGUAUUGAAAGAAGUCGAAUAAACUUUUGCUGCCAUCUUCAAAUUAAUUAAGCAAAGAAAAGAUGAAGUUAUCAAUUUGAUUAAUUAACAUUAUGAAAUUUAAGUUAAUAACAUUGAUACUUAAGAAUAAAUUUGGAUGGAUAAAUAAUCUAGAGCAUAUGAUGUAAUCAAAUUAGCUAAAUCUACUAAUGAUUAUCAACUAUUGGAAAAAGCUACAUAUAUUUUAGAAAGUAAUUCUUAUUCAUUAUUAGAGGUCUCGAAAUUUUAAGACAAACGCCGACCUAUAAGAAUGUUUAUAUUGUCAAUUCUAUUGAUACAACGUUUAAUUUAAAUAACAUUUCAUUAAAUCUAUCGGAAUUCUAGAAAGGGCUUUAAAAUUGGAUAAAAUUGGGAGAUUCUGUGCUUAUACAAUUUAAAUGUUGA